GGCGCCGCGCGCGGCGCGGGAGAGCCCUGUAACCCACAGCUCUUCGCACUUGCGGUGCGGUCCCUGGCCAGCUUGGCGUCGGGCCAUGGCGUCCCCAGCGGCCGGCGAGGUGGCGAUCAUUGGCAGUGGACUCAUUGGACAAAGCUGGGCUAUGUUGUUUGCCAGUGGAGGCUUCAAGGUGAAACUCUAUGAUAUUGGGCAACAGCAGGUAACAAAUGCCUUGGAAAAGAUCAGAAAAGAGAUGAAGUUUCUGGAGCAGUCAGGUUCUCUGAAAGGCUCCUUGGGUGCUGAAGAACAGCUGUCACUCAUCAGUGGGUGUUUGAAUAUUCAAGAAGCAGUAGAGGGCGCCAUGCACAUUCAGGAAUGUGUUCCAGAAAACCUGGAGCUGAAGAAGAAGAUUUUCGCACAGUUAGAUCAAAUCGUCGAUGAUAAAGUUGUCUUGAGCAGCUCCACGUCUUGCCUCAUGCCUUCCAAGGUGUUCGCCGGCCUGGUACACGUGAAGCAGUGCAUUGUGGCCCAUCCUGUAAAUCCACCAUAUUAUGUGCCGUUGGUCGAGCUGGUCCCACACCCGAAGACGGCCCCCGUGACAGUGGACAGAACCUACGCCCUGAUGCAGAAGAUUGGACAGUCCCCAGUCAGAGUUAUGAAGGAGAUCGAUGGCUUUGCCCUGAAUCGCCUCCAGUAUGCAGUCAUCAGUGAGGCCUGGCGGCUCGUGGAGGAAGGAAUUGUUUCUCCGAGUGACCUUGACCUUGUCAUGUCAGAUGGCCUUGGCAUGCGGUAUGCAUUCAUCGGACCCCUAGAAACUAUGCAUCUGAACGCAGAAGGUAUGUUAAGCUAUUGUGACAGAUACAGUGAAGGCAUGCAACAUGUCCUAAAGACUUUUGGACCCAUUCCAGACUUUUCCGGGGCCACAGUUGAAAAAGUUAAUCAGGCCAUGUGUGUGAAAGUUCCCAAUGAUCCAGAGCACUUAGCUGCCAGGAGGCAGUGGAGGGACGAGUGUCUUCUGAGACUUGCCAAGUUGAAAAGACAGAUGCAGACCCAGUAGCUACCAUCCUUCUUCACUGGGAGUCCUUGGUGGUGGAAUUACAAGCACUUAAUCCAGCUGCUCUGAAGCUGUGGGGAUCCACGUGGUCUUUAUGCAGUUCCAGAGCUCGACCUCCCCCCUUUCUGGGC